AUGGCAGCACCGAACCACCAGAAGGUGAACUUUGCAGCUCCGAGAAGCUUUUGGAGCCAAUUCAAAUCUGAUAUAAAGGAAGCACUCUUUCCCGAUGAUCCCUUUAGUGGUUUCGGGCAGGAGACGGGCUGUGGCAAAGUCAAGAAAGGGCUGCAGUACUUUGUUCCCAUCUUCGGGUGGAUCCCCCAGUAUAAUCUUAAGACUUUCAUAUCCGAUCUCGUCGCCGGUAUCACCAUUACCAGCCUUGCUAUCCCUCAAGGAAUUAGCUACGCCGGACUGGCAGGGGUGCCACCCCUCGUUGGCCUAUAUACGAGCUUUGUUCCGCCGCUGGUUUAUGCAGUUUUUGGGGACUCCAAGUACAUGGCCGUCGGAAACGUGGCGUCGGCAUCAUUACUUAUCAAAGAUAUAAUCUCUCAAGUUGUAACGCCGGAAGAAAACCAAACUUUGUUUCUUCACAUGAUUUUCACAACCACUCUUGUCACAGGCGUCAUGCAGAUCGUAAUGGGUGCUCUAAGACUGGGGAUUUUCGUAGAUUUCUUAUCACAUUCCACCAUCACUGGUUUUAUGGCUGGUAGUGCAACUAUAAUUUGCAUGCAACAGUUGAAGGGAAUAUUUGGACUGACGAAGUUUACGUCCAAAACUGACCUCUUUUCUGUUGUGAAGUGCCUUAUCGACUUAAGAAAAGAGUGGCAAUGGGAACCUGCAGUUCUUGGUGUUAUCUUCAUCAUUUUCCUUUUUACAACAAAGUGGCUUAAGGAGAAGAACGCGAAGUUUUUUUUGGUACAAGCAGUUGGUCCACUGGUGGUGGUUAUAAUUGGCUGCCUUCUUGCUUAUUUCUUUGAAAUUGAUAAGUAUCAUCAUAUACCCAUUGUUGGAGAGUUGAAGAGAGGACUUAAUCCUAUCACCGCCCAACAUUUUAUCUUUGACUUGAAAUUAUUCCCGGUGGCUUUCAAAGCGGGGACUAUCAGUGGCUGUAUUGCCCUGGCUGAAGCAAUAGCCGUUGGAAGAGCUUUUGGCGUAUUGAAGAAUGAAAAUAUUGAUGGGAACAAGGAAAUGAUAGCUCUUGGAUUCAUGAACGUAAUAGGAUCUUGCACUUCUUGCCACUUAUCUACGGGACCAUUUUCAAAGACUGCGGUGAAUUACAACGCGGGAGCAAAGACGCAAAUGGCAAAUGCCGUCCAGGCGGUGUGUAUGCUGAUGGUGGUUUUGCUCUUGGCUCCUUUGUUUGGUUACACCCCUCAUGUUGCCCUAUCUGCCAUUAUCUUCACCGCCAUGAUUGGAAUCAUAGAUUACGAGACAGCUAUGGGUCUGUGGAUUGUUGACAAGUUCGACUUUCUAAUCUGCAUGGGUUGCUACUUUGCAGUGGUCUUCCGAAGCAUGCUUUUCGGUCUUACCCUCUCAGUGGCACUUGGUCUCUUGAGAUCACUACUUUAUGUGGCUAGGCCUGGCACUUGUAAGCUUGGAAAACUCAACCUAUCAGACACAUCCCUGUAUCGGGACUCAUCUCAGUACGCGGAGGGAUCAAAACAUAAAGGUAUCCUUGUCUUACAGAUCGGCUCCCCCUUGUACUGUCCAAAUGGAAACUAUGUGCGAGAGAGGAUUUUGAGAUGGGUUCGGGAUGAGCAAGCCGCUAACAGAGAUGUUAUUGAGCAUGUCUUGCUCGAUUUAUCCGGAGUCGUCACCAUUGACGUCCCUAGCCUUGGAACAUUGGAAGAGAUACGUAAAACCCUAGCUGUAAAGGGCAUUAAGAUGGGACUGAUUAACCCGAGAAUAAAGGUACUGGAGAAGAUGCAACUAUCAAAAAAAUUAGACAUGAUCGGGAAGGAGAAUAUUUACUUGUCAGUGGAGGAUGCAGUCGAAUCAUGCAGGUUCGCACUUGACAGAUCAACUGAAGACAGUGGUUCAUCACCUCAGCUUUCUGAUGAUGUAUAG